AUGAAUCUACAUACGAAUGAAUGUGAUUCUAACCCGUGUCAGAACAAUGGUACAUGUUACGAUCUCAUAGAUGACUAUAACUGCACCUGUGUACCUGGAUAUGAAGGCAAGAACUGCGAGAACCAGACGAAUGAAUGUGAUUCUAACCCGUGUCAGAACAAUGGUACAUGUUACGAUCUCACAGAUGACUAUAACUGCACCUGUGUACCUGGAUAUGAAGGCAAGAACUGCGAGAACCAGACGAAUGAAUGUGAUUCUAACCCGUGUCAGAACAAUGGUACAUGUUACGAUCUCACAGAUGACUAUAACUGCACCUGUGUACCUGGAUAUGAAGGCAAGAACUGCGAGAACCAGACGAAUGAAUGUGAUUCUAACCCGUGUCAGAACAAUGGUACAUGUUACGAUCUCACAGAUGACUAUAACUGCACCUGUGUACCUGGAUAUGAAGGCAAGAACUGCGAGAACCGUAAGUUGUUUCCAUAG